AUGGCUAGUGAAGGCAUAAAGAAUAUUCGCAUUGGAGUGGAUGUAGGCGGCACAAACACCGACGCAGUAGCCAUUGACCCUUCGCAGCAAUACACUCCCACCCGAGGUAUUCUCGCGCACCACAAAACGCCCACAACGCCCGACGUGACAGGAGGAAUUGAAGCCGCAGUGAGAAAUGUGCUUGAAAAGUCAGCAUUGCCUUCAGAAAGAAUCGCGAGCGUCACGGUCGGUACGACACACUUUAUUAAUGCCGUCGUGGAACAAGAUGCGAGACGUCUACGCCGAGUGGCCAUUAUUCGUCUCUCCAAGAGCUUUUUACGAGAGGUUCCACCCUUUUCGGAAUUCCCUCCGGGAUUGACGAGUAUCAUCAAAGGAUACGUGGGGUAUGCGGAUGGGGGAUUACACAUUGAUGGCUCCGAGGAAGCGGCUGUGGUAGAGCAGCAAAUUGUGGAAAGAUGUGAAGAGAUCAAGAAACUGGGUUUGACCGCGAUUGUCGUGAUUGGCGUAUUUUCUCCCAUCGAUGAAGAAUUCAAGCAAGAGGAUCGGGUCCGCGAAAUUGUCCUCAGAGAGAUUCCCGGGGCAGAUGUGAUUGUCUCGCACGAAUGUGCGAAUAUUGGUCUCAUGGAGCGGGAGAAUGCUGCAAUUCUGAAUGCUGCGAUAUUGCGCUAUGCCCGGCGGACCGUUCAAGGGUUCAGAAGGGCGAUGAAGUCGCUGAAACUGACUUGUCCGUUGUUUCUGACGCAGAAUGAUGGUACAUUACUGGACUCGGUGGCCGCUGCUCAAAUACCCAUUCGUACCUUUUCUUCCGGCGCGACAAAUUCCAUGCGAGGCGCCGCAUAUUUGACAGGUCACGAUCUUGCCAAGUCAUCAGCCAUCGUAGCAGACAUCGGCGGUACCACCACUGAUGUGGGUGUAUUGCUUCCUUCCGGCCUCCCCAGGCAAGCUUCGGCCUAUGUCACCGUUGCUGGAGUGCGCGUGAACUAUUCCAUGCCUUCGUUGCACUCGAUAGGCCUCGGAGGCGGCUCCAUUGUCAGAGAAGCGGAGGGCAAAGUCACUGUCGGUCCGGAAUCUGUCGGUCACUACCUGACGCGCGAUGCUCUGGUUUUUGGUGGAAAGGUCAUCACUGCCUCAGACAUUGCCGUUGCAGCAGGCAAAGCAGAAAUUGGCAACGUUUCGGCCGUAUCCCAUCUGGACAAGGACAUGGUCGAGCAAGCUCAACGGAGGAUCAAGGCUCUACUCGAGGGAGCAAUUGACAUUAUCAAGACAUCGCCAGAACCUCUCCCCGUCCUCCUUGUCGGAGGCGGCGCCGUUUUGGCACCUUCAUCUCUCAAGGGUGCUUCGGAACUCAAGCUCCCCAUCUAUCACGACGUCGCCAACGCUGUAGGCGCGGCAAUCUCCAAGGUCGGAGGCAUUGUAGAUAUCAUCCAAGGUGUGGCAGAUCAGACUCAAACGCAAGCGAACGAGCGUGCCAAGUCAAUCGCCAUACAGCGGGCAGUGGACGCCGGCGCAAUCAAGGACAGCAUCAUCAUUGCCGAAGUCGAAAGCUACCCAGUCAGCUAUAUGGCAAACCAACUUCGCACAGUAGUGAAAGCUGUUGGCGAAUUAGACAUCAAUAAGCAAGCUGCGGUACUGAAUGAUGACGACGAAAACGAAGAAGAUGGGCUUGAUUUCGAAACCGAGGUCGAUAAGGACUUUGCAGUGAAGAUCAUGGACGAGCCUCCCGUGGAUCCUCGCACUUACAAGCCCACAAUAGUCCGAAACGAAAAAGGAGUUUUGGAAUGGGACAUCACCGAGACUGAUGUGAAAUACCUGGCAGAUGGAUGCUAUGUACUCGGAUGUGCUGGCGGUGGAUCUCCUGAAGCGUCAAGAAUUCAGAUGAGAGAUAUGCUCCGUGCUGGGCACAAAAUGAGAGUGAUUGAUGCUUCGUCGCUCGCCGAGAACGCCGUGGUCUACUGGGGAGGGCACAUGGGGUCUCCAGCAACAUCCAACGAGGGUCUCCAGUCCAUCGAGACCGUGCACGCGUUCCAUGCUCUGCUCGAGUAUCUCGGGCAAGACACCUUCGACGCCGUGAUGAGCUUAGAGAUCGGAGGCGCCAACGGUCUCGAACCAUUCCUUGCUGGUUCGACGCGCUUCUUUGAUCGACCCAUCAUUGAUGCGGACUGGAUGGGACGUGCCUAUCCAACGUACUGGCAAACCACACUUGCCGUCCAUGCUCCCGGGGAGCUCGUACCCUGUGCAAUCGACUCGGGCGAUGGCAAGACCAUCCUCAUGACCAAAGCCAGCAACGACGAAAUCGUCGAUCGCGCACUCCGCGCUUCGUGUUCCGAAAUGGGCAGCAGAGUAGGCAUGGCCUCCAAGCCCACCACGACGGACAAAGUGAAGAAAUUCAGCGUGCUCAACACCGUCUCUCUCGCCUGGCGCAUCGGUCGUUGCAUCGCUCUCGCCGAAGCGACUAAUACCCUCUCUACCGUCGCCGAGCAAAUUGUCGAGCAAGUCGGCGGAGAGAAGAGCGCCAAAAUCCUCUUCCGUGGCAAAAUCAUCAAUGUUGAACGUCGCCUCUUCAAAGGCCACUCCUACGGCACUAUCACCAUCGCAAGCCUUUCCAGCGACGAAGAAGAAGAGGAAGAGGGCGAGUCCCCACAUUCCCCAGCCAAACGUCUACCCGCCGUGAAGUCGUCCGGCACGCUCACUAUCCCUUUCAAGAACGAAAACAUCUACGCAGAGCACACAGAUGAUGAUGAUGAGAAACAACAACAAAAUGGCGUGAAAACAACAACCAUUCUCGCCUCAGUCCCCGAUCUGAUUUGCGUACUCGAUACCGUGUCCGGAAAGAGUCUGGGCGUGCCAGAAUUCAAGUAUGGAUUCCGUGUGACGGUGCUCGGAAUCACGUGUAGUCCUCGUUGGAGUGAUACGGAAGCCGGCGUGAGAAUUGGAGGUCCGGGAGCGUUUGGAUAUGAUGAUAUUGAGUACAAGGCCUUGGGCGAAUAUGUGGAGCCGAAGAGUGUGAUUGAGGAAUAUGCACCACCACUAUAA